AUGUCUGGUUAUUCAGGUCCACCAUCGGUUAAUCCAUAUUGGUAUUAUGAUCCUCAUGGAUAUCAACCUAAUGUUAGUGUUUCAUUCAAUACCAAUAUUUCAGUCAAUACAUCACCACAUCCAUCAUUUGAUAUGUGUAAUAAUAAUAAUAAUAAUAGUACUAGUCGAUUUGCUGAUUCUGGUUAUCUAUCUCGAACACCUACACCACCAACACCUGUACGUAUUCUUUCACCCCAACCAUUAUCAAUGCGACAAGAAUUAGAUAACAAAGAGAGUGAUUCAAGAAUGUCAGAAAAAUCAUUCGAUGAAAGUAAACCACGUUUACCAUAUGUGAAACGUACAAGAAUUCAAUAUACACAUCAACAAUUACAAGUAUUAGAACUAGCUUUUGAAGACAAUCAUUAUCCCGAAGUAACGACUGUUGAUCAACUUGCUGAAAUUCUUGGUGUUCGACAUGAAAAAAUUUCCAUCUGGUUUCAAAAUCGUCGUUCACGUUUUAAGAGACAACAAAAACCUAAAUCUACAUCAUCAUCAAAUGAUGUAACUAAAAAAAUAACACAUUCAAGUUCAAUACCAUCAGCUGUACCAUCAUCAUCUUAUGAUCCAUCGACAUCUUAUUAUCCAUCAUAUUUUUGGCCAUCUCCUAUAGUUGAUAAUCGAAUAGCAGCAUCAUCGUAUUCAGUUAGUCCUCAUGUUCCAUCUUGUUAUGACUCUAACACAAGUCCCAUGUGGAAUACGAAUAAUAAUGCAGCUUAUUUAAGCUCGACACAAUGGCAUCAAUCUUCAUGUUCGACAAUGAACUUAUCAUUAUCAUCUCCUUCAUCGCCGUGUACUUCAUUAUUAUCUGAACAUCUUCCGUCAAUGUAA